AAAAUGUCAUUGACGAUUAUAUUGUUUUUGUGACAACAAUUGCAAGUUUUUGUUCGUUAGUUAUUAGUAAAAAAAAAUUAAACAUGUGUGUAAUUAAAAUUGCGAUUCUUUUGAGUACUAUUUUAGUAGCUGGCACUUUUGGAGCUGGAUUCCGAAGACGAAUAGAGAAAGAGAAAUGCCCCAAAGUGAAUUUAUUGAAAUCGUUCGAUUUUCAACAAAUGUUAGGAUCUUGGUAUGUGAUCGAGUACUACGCAAGUUCCGAAGAAUCACAAAUAUAUAGAUGCAUGCGGACUGUGUUCUCUUUAUCCGGCGAUGACAUAGAAAUUUCUAUGAAUUUUACAUACAGCUUCAUUGAUGAUCCAGAUAAUGAACAUUUAUAUGGAAACAUCACGUGGAGAAUACCGGAUCUGAAACAACCAUCUCACUGGGUACAUGCGGAAGAUACGUACGAAGGUGUCUAUAACACCUAUCUUCUGGACAUGGACGCGAGUGGAGAUAAUCCUUGGUCAUUGCUGUUGCAUUGUGCUGAAAAAUCGGGCAGUACUCGCUACCUAUCGAGUUUCGUACUCUCUCGCAAAUCUACUCAGUCUCCGAAUGUCAUUUCUUUUCUACGAGACAAGCUUCCACGUUAUGAUAUUGAUCUUCAAUUCAUGUAUCCCAUGGAUCAACACGAUUGUUCAGCCGAGCACAUCCCAUUAUUCUACCAAGCGAUCAAAAAUCAGUUGAAGCCACGUGUGGCUAGCAAACACCCUCUCAAACACCCAGAACACCACCAAUAGUGCAUUGUGCUGGUGCGUUAUUAGGAAAAAGAAUAAGGAAAAAGUUCUGAUCUGAACGAGCUUUGGUAGGUAGGUAAUAGGUAUGUACUGGCUGGAGUCGCGUCAUCGUACUCGUAUUAUUAAACAUAAGUAUACGUAAAUAAAAAGUCCCCAGGAAUCCGACCACUGGAAUCCCUUUCUGGAGAAGUGGAUUGAAAUUGAAAAAAAGUAACCAGAACUGUCUGUAAUUUGAAUCAAAUUGAUUUAGGUACCUGGUCCAGAGGUCCAUCGAUAGGAAAAGAGUCGUUUUUUGCCAAAAUAACAGAAAACUCCUUUUUGGACAAAUUUCCAAGAAGUCUUGCUUUUUUAAAGCAAAAACACAUUUUCUUUUUAUCAAAAUUUGAAAAAAAAAGCUUCCAUCAAAAUUAUUGAAAAAUCUUACUUUUUUGCCAAAAACAUAAAAGUCCUUUUUUUAAAUAAAAACUGUAAAAAAGCAACUAUCUUCUGUCAAAAUUACCUAAAAACACUGUUUUUUUUAUAAAAUUGCCAAAAAACAUGUUCUAGUGAAAAUUGUCAAAAAAAAUUUUAAUCAAUAUUUCCAGAAAUUUUUGCUUUUUUGUCACCCAAAAAUUCACUAAGUAUGUACACAUUUAUGUCAAAAUUACAAAAAAAAAACCGUGUUUCUUUUAAUCAAAAUUACUGAAAAAAUUUACUUUUUUUGUCAAACUCAAUAGAAUUGCAAAAAAUGUUCAUUUUUCGUCAGAAUUUUCUACAAGAUUCGUUUUCUUGCAAAGUGCAUAAAAAGAAAAAUUUGUUUUUGGUCAAUAUUUUCGGACAGCUUUUUGUCAAAAUUGCAAAAAGAAGUCAAUUUUUACAAAAACUACCAAAAAAUCUCACCUUAUUUGCCAAAAUUUAGAAAAAUCUUACUUUUUUGUACAAACUGUAAAAAAGUCCCAUUUUCGUCGAAAUUUUCCAAAAGAAAUUAAAAUGGCUAGAAAUUUAUUUUUUUGCAAAAAUUUUCUUUUCAGUCAAAAAUGUCAAAAUUUCCAGACAAUUUUGCUUCUUUGUCACAAAAAAUUAUCAUUCGUCAAAAUUGCAAACAAAAAUAAAAUCAGGUUUAUCUAAUUAAAAUGUCUUACUUUUUUUUGUCCAAAUUGCAAAAAAAAACAACCUGAUUUUAAAUACUGUAAGAAAGACCCAUUUUUUUGUAAAAAUAGCCAAAAAAACUGUGAUUUUUAUCAAAAAUUGCUAAAAGUCAUAUUUCUUGCCAAACUUGCGGUAAAACUCUUUUUGUUGGCCAAUAUUAAUUCUACAAAGUCUUGCAUUUUUGUUGCAAAAAAUUUGCUUGUUUCGUCAGGAAUUGCAAAAUAAACUCAAUUUUUUUUAAAUACCUAACAAAAAAUCUUCCUGUUUCAUAUUUUUUUCCUUACAUGCUUUAAAAAGAAUCCAAUUUUUUGUCAAAAAUUGCCAGAAACCAUUUUUUUUUUUUUUUUUUUUUUUUUUUUUUAAUAAAAAUUCCCAGAAAAGGAUUUUUGCUAAAACUGCUGAAAUCUCAUCAUUUUUCAUAAAAUUUUCAGAAAACUUUGCUUUUUUGUGGUAGACAUUCUUGCUUGUUAAAAUUUCAAACAAAACUUCAGGUUCAAUUAAAAUAGGUACAAAUAAAUUUACUUUUUGCCCAAAUUUUCAAAAAAUCAUAUUUUUUGUAACAUCGUAAAAAAAAUAAAUUUUUGUAAAAAUGAAAAAAAAUGGAUUUUUGUAAAAAUAAAAAACAAUGGAUUUUUGUUGAAAAUUGCUACAAAACUUCUGUUUUUCAAUCGCCGUUUCAGUUCGGCCAGAAGAUGCAAAAAAAUAACAUCAAGAGGGACUCCCAUCCCUCAAAAAGGGGGUUCUGGUGCUCGGAUUCCUCGCGACUUCUAUCUUACGUGUAUAAAAAUACGACCAAAAUCAGAAUUUUUCAAGCACUAUGAUGCUUUUUUAUGUAACUCAAUUAUUUGUAGCACUGUCCCGCAGUAAGAAUUAAAAACAUCCGUAUUUUAUUACCUUUUAUUGAAUAAAUUUUUACAUUACAUAUUUAUAUUUAUAUAACAAUUUAACAUUACCUAGUAUGUUCUCGAAUCGUAUUUUUUAAUCUAAAACGAAAAAAAAAAAAAAAAAGGAAAAAAAAGGGUACAAAAAAUAGUAAAAAUUUAAAUCUAAACAUAAUUGUUUUUCGUACAGUUUUUUACAUAAUGCUCCGCAUUUACAUGAGUACAAACUACAGUUUACUCUCGUAAUGUUAAUUUUUUAAAUCAGUCUGAGGAAAAAGCCGGUCAUCAUAAUGUAAUAUUGUCGCUUAUUUUAGGAUACCAGAAUAUAAGAUGUUCGAAAGGACACAAUCAUUCGCAUUUACGCUUAUUUUAGGUCCGUUUCCAUGACACGGAGCGCCGAGAUGUUUAUAUUAUAACCAUCAUCUCAACAAAAAAAAUUUGCGCUAUCUUGAUAAGCGUCUCUAAAUUGGUACAAAAUCGUCACUAAUCGGAUGAGAAAAAACUACGUGAAAAAAAAUAUGUAGAAACAAUGCCUGACUCGUGUUAAGGCGCUAGGUACAUACGUUAAAAAAAAUCAUGUCGUAAUUAGUAAAUAUACGUCAAGAAAUUGAGUAAAUUAAGUUUGUAUCGAUAUUUGGAAUACAUACAUGUCAUCGUACAAAAUAGUAAGGUGGAUUCGGGUCAA